AUGCAUAUCAUGUAGUAUGGAAAUCUCCAUAUUCGAUCAACAACUAUAAAUACCUCUCACACUUUGCUAUACGCAAAUUCCUCAUCAUACGACCUUCUGUCACUUCGACUCUUUGUUUCCAAUUGUCUCUUUUAAGCCUCAGAGCUAGCUUAGCUUAGCUUCAUUACUUUCUUCAUUCCAUUACCAAAAUAUGGUUGCAUUCAGGUCUCUAGCUCUUCUUGCCGUGGUUCUUGGCACAUGGGUUAUGGUAUCCGAAUGCCGAGUUGCAAGAAAGGACUUGGGAGUUGAUCUUGGUGGUGGUGGUGGUUUAGGAGUUGGAGUUGGUGCUGGUGUUGGCCUUGGCUUAGGAGGAGGUGGCAGUGGCUCAGGCUCUGGAGCAGGUGCUGGAUCUGGAUCUGGAUCCGGGUCUAGCUCCGGAUCAAGUUCAUCUUCAUCGUCCGGUUCCAGUUCUAGUUCUAGAUCAUGUGGUGCAGGCUCCGAAGCUGGAUCAUAUGCCGGGUCCCAUGCUGGGUCUCGAGCUGGUUCCGGGUCUGGUGGUGCAGGCUCCGAGGCAGGUUCAGAAGCUGGGUCUUAUGCUGGGUCUCGUGCUCGAUCUGGGUCUGGUGGUGCGGGAUCUAAGGCGGGUUCAGAAGCCGGGUCACGUGCUGGGUCUCGGGCAGUAUCUGGGUCGGAUUAAAUUGAAGGAGGUGGAGCAGAACCAAAUUAAUGGUCUAAUGAUGCGUGUUACCAUUGUGUAUUAUAAAUAAAGUAGAUUGUGAAAAUUAUCGAGUUUCUGUGUCUGACGGUUACAUCCAAAUAUUGUGUGGUCCAGGAAGAUUAUUUAUUUAGUAAUGGUCGUCGUUAUGCUUCAAUUUUAUGUUUCAUUAUAUUUCCGACUUCUAACGGUUCCCAUGAAUGUAAAAUAUAAUAUUUGAGUAUAAAAAUAAAAAAAUUACCUACAAUAUAA